GUUUCUUCCAGCUUUACAGCCUUCUUUGCGCUCAGAGAAUCCCCCUCACUAAUAAUGUAGAUGCGUGGGGUGUACCGCUGAAAGUCCAAAGAGGAAACUAGGGUGAUAGCUUCGGUGGUGUGUCCACCUCGACGAGUGUCAGUGUGUUCACCACACGACGACAGGGGCGGGGUAUUGGAUGUGUACCUGAGCCAAGAAAGACAGCAACGCUGCGUCGACCGGACUGGGCUCUUCUACCUCUUGCUGUGAUCCCAAUCAUUAGACGGAUUCGGAGGGCGAUUCCAAUCAAAAGUAAAAGACAUAACCAGAACAUUAAUGAAAUCGUGUCGAACACUGCCACAUUCGCGCGUUUCCGAUCAAGUGAUCCAAGAUCUGGGCUCCUUAACUGCCAUCGAUCUCUCCAACAUCAUGUCACGACGCCUAACUUUCCCCCUGUUUUUCAUAGGAAAUCCACUUCUGGAUAUCCAAGUUACCAAUGGUGAAAAGCUUUUGGAGAAGUACAACCUCAAGGAGAAUGAUGCUAUCCUUGCCUCGCCGGAGCAGAUGUCCAUAUAUGAGGAUGUAGUGAAUGAUUACAAACCCGUAUAUCUUUCUGGAGGAGCAGCUCAGAAUGCUGCAAGAGCGGCGGCAUAUGUGUUGCCUCCAGCCUCCGUGGCAUACACCGGAUGCGUUGGCGACGAUGAUCUUUCCGAAAAGCUUCGGAAAGCGAAUAGGAAGGAGGAUGUCGAAAGUGCUUACCAGGUAAAGGCGGAAGAGAAGACUGGCGCCUGUGCAGUGAUUCUCACUGGCGUUCAUCGGUCGCUGGUGACCAGGCUUGGUGCCGCCGAGAAGUUCGACUCAUCACAUCUGUCGUCAGAUGAUAUUGCGCCACUGAUAGAAGCUGCGACCCAUUUCUACAUCGGAGGGUUCUUCCUCACCCAUGGGAUCGAAUCUGCCCUCAUCAUCUGCAAGCAUGCUUUAGAGGCCGAGAAGACUGUUGCGUUGAACCUUGCUGCACCAUUCAUUUGCCAGGUCGCCAAGGCAGAAUUGGAACAAGUUUUUGAGUACGCUGACUUCAUCAUCGGUAAUGAGUCAGAAGCUGUCGCUUGGGCAGAGGCUUCCGGACUGCCCAGCAAAGACCUUGGCGAAAUCGCCACAGCGCUGGCAAACUUCAAAAAAAUCAACGCCGAAACACCUAGAACCGUGGUUAUUACCAACGGUGCUGAGCCGACGACUGCUGUCACUGCUGGAUCACCAGCCAAAACAUAUCCUGUACAAGCUAUACCCCCAGAGAAAAUUGUGGAUACCAAUGGAGCGGGGGACGCCUUUGCCGGAGGUUUUAUUGCUGCCAUCCUCUUGGGUAAAUCGAUAGACCAGGCAGUGGAGGUCGGACACAAGUUGGGAGCCAUAUGUGUCACCGGGGCCGGGCCCAAACUCAGGUACCCUAAAGUGAGAGUUCUGUGAAGGAUCAGAAGAACAAAGUGGCAUUAUGUUUUCAUGAUGGCCCCUACCAGAUGUUUUAAAGUAUGAGCUCCUGCGUUAGUUGUCAAUGUACUGUAAAAUUUCUCAAAUUCGCGCUCGAGACCCCAAAAUGUGGCCAAAGUAUGCAAAGGGGAUGAUGGAUGUGAUUCACUCUAUUGCCAGGAAGUUCGACCCGUUCUAAUAGUGUUCUUAGCGGGGGCAUGUGGAAAUGGGACGAUUUGAGUGGUAAAUAUAGACGCUAUUAACAAAGCAUGAAUGGA